AUGCGGCUGGAAUUGGAAUUGGAAUUGGAUUGCCCCUCUCCGCCUGCAGCUCCUCAUGCUCUGGAUCAUGUCCUCAAUAUGUCUCCCACACCAGUAGAACCACAUAACCAUCACUCUUCUUUUUGCUGUAACUCCAAUCAUACUCCCAAAUUCCAGCGCAACUGUGUUUCCUUGCAGUCUUCCAUGGAAUUGAUGAAAGAAAUUACUACUCUCGAAAUUGAGAUAAUGCGUUUGGAACGAUAUCUACUCUCACUUUAUCGGACAGCUUUUCAGCAAAAUCUCCCACUUCUAUUGGAAAAUCAGAAAAUCCAUUCACAGGGCAAGAUAAGCUCCCCUACCCAGUGUACAAUAAACCAAUCAUACUCCGAUGUAGAAAUAGAUACGUCAAUAUGUGAUGCGGACCAAUAUGAUCGAAUCUCCUCUGCACAUGCUUUGACUGGUGUAAGUGAUCAGAUUCAGACUGCCAACAAGUCGUCGUCUAUAAGGUUGGCUGUCUGUUGUGAACAACUGCAGGAAAAGUUAACUGAUUCUGCUCACCGUAGCCUUGCGGAUCAUCUCACUGCCUCUCGCAUGGAUGACGUUCUUAGUUAUCCUGAUAGGCUGUCUGAAGAAAUAGUCAAAUGCAUAUCUUGUAUAUACUGCAAAUUUGCCGAUCCCAAAAUUCUUGCUACAAAGGGAUUAUCAGUUUCUUCUACUUCGUCAUUAUCAUCAUCAAGCACAUUUUCUCCGAGAAAUCUUUCAGGCAGCUGGAGCUCACAUCACAAUGAGGAGAGCACUGAGCAGUAUGAAUUUGAAGUCUGUAAAGAUGACAACAGACCAUAUUCUACAAUGAUAGAAAUUUUGAAGAUAUGUCUAGAUGAUGAUAGUUUCAAUUAUGCCACAACAAUGCUGCAUAAGUUCAGGUCACUGGUUAAGAGCCUUGAAAAGGUUGAUCCAAGAAACAUGAGGCGUGAAGAAAAGUUAACAUUCUGGAUUAAUAUUCACAAUGCCCUGGUGAUGCAUGCUUAUUUAGCCUAUGGAACUCAAAAUUCUGUCAGAAGUUCUUCAAUCUUGAAGGCAGCUUAUAAUGUGGGUGGCCAUUGCGUAAAUGCUUAUGUCAUACAGAGCUCCAUAUUAGGGAUACUACCACACUAUUCUGCACCGUGGCUACGGACGCUCUUUUCUCCAGGAAAAAAGUUUGCGACAGGAAAUUGUAGACAUACCUAUGCGAUUGAGUACCCUGAGCCACUUGUUCACUUUGCACUGUCUUUGGGUGCAUCUUCUGAUCCCUCGAUUCAGGUUUACACAGCGAAAAGCGUAUUUCAGGAUCUUAAAGUAGCUAAAGAGGAGUUUAUACGGGCUACAGUUUGCAUUAACAAAGACAAAAGGAUUUAUCUGCCUAAAAUCAUAUGCUAUUUUGCAAAAGAUAUGUCCCUGAGCACGGAUGAAGUAGUUGAAACUGUCAUGGGAUCUCUACCAGAAACUCAGAUGAAACUAGUCAGAUCCUGCAUGGAGUACAGAGCUGAUAAGUUAAUUUAUUGGUUACCACAAAGUUGUACGUUUAGAUAUUUGAUCCAGAAACAAGUAAUCGAAGGGAGAUUAUCUAUUUAACUGUCAAUAUUAGUGCUGUACGUGCUUAUA